CAACGAGCGAGGCGACAGGCGUCGUCACAGCAGAAGACGUGGCGAGAACCACCCAGCCGAGCGAAGCCCGCGAGCAGCGCCACCGCAAGCUCCAGACCACAUCUGAUAACACCGCAUGCAGGAUUGUGUACGCGAAGGGCGCGACCUACUGCCCCAGCCGCUGGAAGGGAAACAUGCUGGCCAUAGCCAAGUGCACUAACGAGCUUAAUACACAGCGUGCGGCGUGUGGUCUCCAGCUAUUG